UGUUGAUGUUGCACAUUUUGAAAGCUCGCUCUGCGUCACAAUUACUGAAUAACUUCAUAUAAAGGUAAUUUUAGUUGUCCCGCCUUAGGGAAUUUUCGAUAGUAACAAUCACAUCACUGAUAAACUUUCAUCUCUUUGAAGUGAUGUUUCUAAAGUAGCGUUGAAAUAGUAAAUAUCUUGCCUAAAAAUGUAACUCUAAGAUAAUUGUAAAUUUUAGAAUAGGCUCUGAAAAUUCGAAACACACUAGUGAUUAGUUUCAUAGUAUGGAAUUGGCCAACCUGAGUUCAAACCCUAAAAGAAAAACAAAGAUGUCGCUCGAACAAACAGCAUGUGAAGAUUUGAAGGCUUUUGAGCGCAGACUAACUGAAGUAAUUGCUUGUCUCCAGCCUACAACAUCUCGUUGGAGAGUGAUUCUAGUGCUGGUGUCUGUCUGUACAAGUAUGGGAGCCUACAAUUGGCUCUCUGACCCAGAGACAUCAGUAGUGUCCUUCUCCCAAAGUCUCUGGAACCAUCCAUUCUUUACCAUCUCAGCCAUCAUUUUAGUACUGCUAUGCUUCAUGGGAGUGCACAAACGAGUGAUGGCUCCCUCAAUAAUCACCAGUAGGACACGAUCCGUGCUGAGUGACUUCAACAUGUCCUGUGAUGACACGGGGAAACUAAUCCUACGGCCCCGACCCACAAUGACCUGACUAGUAUUAUAUACUUAAUUGUACAUUUUGUAUCUACUGUUAAAUAAUAUUUUAGGAAUAAAUUAAUUUUGUACAUA